UAUUUUCAUCAAAGCGGGACACACGGGGACAAGGAGAAUAUUGGUGUUCCAUCAGACUAAGAUCCUCAACAGUGAAGGAGCUUGGAAAAAACCUCCAGUAGGGCUGUUAACACUGAUGAGAGAUCUUGUAUGCCAAGAUUGCCUCUAUUUACGACCACAUCAUGCGUGAGUACAAGCUAGUGGUCCUGGGUUCAGGAGGCGUUGGGAAGUCUGCUUUGACUGUACAAUUUGUUCAGGGAAUUUUUGUUGAAAAAUAUGACCCCACAAUAGAAGAUUCAUACAGAAAGCAAGUGGAAGUAGACUGCCAACAGUGUAUGCUUGAAAUCCUCGAUACAGCAGGGACAGAGCAAUUUACAGCAAUGAGGGAUCUUUAUAUGAAGAACGGUCAAGGGUUUGCACUAGUAUAUUCUAUUACAGCACAGUCCACGUUUAAUGACUUACAGGACCUGAGGGAACAGAUUUUACGGGUUAAGGACACUGAAGAUGUUCCAAUGAUUCUGGUUGGCAAUAAAUGUGACCUGGAAGAUGAACGCGUUGUUGGCAAAGAACAGGGUCAGAACUUAGCAAGACAGUGGUGUAACUGUGCCUUUCUAGAAUCGUCUGCAAAGUCUAAAAUCAACGUUAAUGAGAUCUUUUAUGACCUGGUCAGACAAAUAAACAGAAAAACACCAGUGGAAAAGAAGAAGCCUAAAAAGAAGUCAUGUCUGCUGCUUUAGACCCACAGCACGCAGCAGCUCUGAGCCAGAUUACAGGAAUGAAGAACUGUUGCCCAGUUGGAAAGUGCCAGCAUUCCAGAUGUCAAAAAAUGACAAAGUAACAACAUAUCUGAAGAGGCUUCUCCUGUUUUUAUAUAUUAUGUGAAGAAUUUAGAUCUUAUAAUGGUUUGCACAAGGUCCCUGGAAAAAGAAAUUGCUCUGUGUAUAUCUCUUGGAAAUUAAGACCAUAGUAUUUCUCCUUUGCAAUAGCGGUUAACAGAUGUGAAAAUAAAUAUAAUUGACUCUAGUGUAUAAUUAUACAAAAGAGCAUGGAUGCAUUUCAAAUGUUAGAUAUUGCUACUAUAAUUAAAAUAAUUUCAUAUUGACCUUUUUAUCAUCAUUCUUCCCCAUCAAGCACUAAAAAUGUUCAACCAUUAUACUUUAUAUCUAUAAUUAUAUAGAUAUAUACUAUAUGAAUUUUCCCUUUGAACUCACUGCAGCAAGUAACUCUUUGAGUCAUUGACUUCAUUUUAUAUUUAAAAGUUAUGGAAUAUCAUUAUUUUCAUUCUGCCAUUAUAUUCUAAUUAAAAAUGUUUGUGCAUAAUGCUUUGGAAAAAUGGGUCUUUUAUAGGAAAAAACUGGGAUAACUGAUUUCUAUGGCUUUCAAAGCAAAAAUAUAUAAUAUACUAAACCAACUCUAAUAUUGCUUUUGUGUUUUACUGUCACAGAUUAAAUUACAGCUUUUAUGAAUGAUUAAAUUUUAGUACAUUUUAA